AUGCCUUUGAGCGACACGUCGCAUUCCAACAUUAUCACUUCGGAGAACGAGCGCCGAUGGAUCCCCGCCACCGCGCUACGCCGCCUGCGCUUGCGCCUCAGGCGCAACCACUUCCCGGCCCUCAAGGACGAGCUCUUCCUGACUCCCCUCACUGCCAUCACACCCUUCAAGAUGUCGUCGCGCCGCGGAUCGCGCGUAUAA